AUGAGCUCACAAAAGUAAGAAUAAAUCAAAUAAAAGAUAGAGGAAAAGCAAAACAAGAUGUUGGCUUAUUUGACCAAUGAAAAUAAAAAUGAUAGUCAAAUAAAGAAGUAAUUCUACUUUAUGGCUUAAAAUCACGAAAAGUAUCCUUUUAUGAGUGAUGAUGACUUAACUUUAUUUAGAUCAUCUUUAAAAAAUAUAUAAUUGCAAAAUUUUGCCAUUUUCUCUGUUUCCGCUGUAUGCUCGGCCGCUAUUUAUAAAAUAUGUGGAGGAUUUACUCCUAAUGAGAAAAGACCAUGGUUAAGAAGAUUAAGACAUGUUUCAGUAGUUGGUAUCCCUUCGUUAAUGAUUCCAUUUAUAUACUUCACUGUAGUUCCUAAUGAGAGCUAGCAAAGUAUAGUGAAUCUAUCUCAUAAAUAUAGAGCUAAAUUGAUAGAUCCAGAAUUUAAUAAAAAAUUUAUUUAAGAAUAAAUGGAAAGAUAUAGAAAACAAUUAGAAAAAUAAUGA